AUGGCCGCCUUACGAAGAAGUUUGUGGCUUUCCUCUGUGGUGUUUUACGUCGCUAUUGGCCUCUCGGAUUGUUUCCCGCGCUCUUACAACUCCGCCACUGCAAAUAACAGUGCAUCAAGAAAUUCUACAUCAUUUGAAAAUGCCUUUAGUGGAAACUUGACAAGAUCUUUGGCUGACAAUUCAACUGUCGGAAAUGUGUCGAGUGGAAACUUCUCUACAAGAUCUUUGGCAGACAAUUCAACAAGUGGAAAUGUCUCUAGUGGAAACUUGACAAGAUCUUUGGCAGACAAUUCAACCACAGGAAAUGUCUCUGGUCGAAACUUGACAAGAUCUUUGGCAGAUAAUUCGACCAGUGGAAAUGUCUCCAUUGGAAACUUUUCUACAAGAUCUUUGGCAGACAAUUCAACCACAGGAAAUGUCUCAAGUGGAAACUUGACAAGAUCUUUGGCAGACAAUUCAACAAGUGGAAAUGUGUCUAGUGGAAACUUGACAAGAUCUUUGGCAGACAAUUCAACAAGUGGAAAUGUGUCUAGUGGAAACUUGACAAGAUCUUUGGCAGACAAUUCAACAAGUGGAAAUGUGUCUAGUGGAAACUUGACAAGAUCUUUGACAGAAAAUUCAACCAGUGGAAAUGUCUCUAGUGGAAACUUGACAAGAUCUUUGGCAGACAAUUCAACAACUGGAAAUGUCUCUAGUGGAAACUUGACAAGAUCUUUGGCAGACAAUUCAACCACAGGAAAUGUCUCUAGUGGAAACUUGACAAGAUCUUUGGCAGACAAUUCAACAAGUGGAAAUGUGUCUAGUGGAAACUUGACAAGAUCUUUGGCAGACAAUUCAACAAGUGGAAAUGUGUCUAGUGGAAACUUGACAAGAUCUUUGGCAGAUAAUUCAACCACAGGAAAUGUCUCUGGUGGAAACUUGACAAGAUCUUUGGCAGAUAAUUCAACAAGUGGAAAUGUGUCUAGUGGAAACUUGACAAGAUCUUUGGCAGAUAAUUCAACAAGUGGAAAUGUGUCUAGUGGAAACUUGACAAGAUCUUUGGCAGAAAAUUCGACAAGUGGAAAUGUGUCUAGUGGAAACUUGACAAGAUCUUUGGUAGACAAUUCAACAAGUGGAAAUGUGUCUAGUGGAAACUUGACAAGAUCUUUGGCAGACAAUUCAACACGUGGAAAUGUGUCUAGUGGAAACUUGACAAGAUCUUUGGCAGAAAAUUCGACAAGUGGAAAUGUGUCUAGUGGAAACUUGACAAGAUCUUUGGUAGACAAUUCAACAAGUGGAAAUGUGUCUAGUGGAAACUUGACAAGAUCUUUGUCAGACAAUUCAACCACAGGAAAUGUCUCUGGUGGAAACUUGAAAAGAUCUUUGGCAGACAAUUCAACCACAGGAAAUGUCUCUGGUGGAAACUUGACAAGAUCUUUGGCAGACAAUUCAACCACAGGAAAUGUCUCUGGUGGAAACUUGACAAGAUCUUUGGCAGACAAUUCAACCACAGGAAAUGUGUCUAGUGGAAACUUGACAAGAUCUUUGGCAGACAAUUCAACCAAUGGAAAUGUCUCUAGGGGAAACUUGACAAGAUCUUUGGCAGACAAUUCAACAAGUGGAAAUGUCUCUAGUGGAAACUUGACAAGAUCUUUGGCAGACAAUUCAACCACAGGAAAUGUCUCUGGUGGAAACUUGACAAGAUCUUUGGCAGACAAUUCAACCACAGGAAAUGUGUCUAGUGGAAACUUGACAAGAUCUUUGGCAGACAAUUCAACCAAUGGAAAUGUCUCUAGGGGAAACUUGACAAGAUCUUUGGCAGACAAUUCAACAAGUGGAAAUGUGUCUAGUGGAAACUUGACAAGAUCUUUGGCAGAUAAUUCAACAAGUGGAAAUGUGUCUAGUGGAAACUUGACAAGAUCUUUGGCAGACAAUUCAACAAGUGGAAAUGUCUCUAGUGGAAACUUGACAAGAUCUUUGGCAGACAAUUCAACCAAUGGAAAUGUCUCUAGUGGAAACUUGACAAGAUCUUUGGCAGAGAAUUCAAUAAAAAAUGUAAACUUGACAAGAUUAUUGGCCGGAAGUUUAACAAGUGGCGAUAUUCAGGAAGAAGAUUUUUGGCAAGCAAUCAAACAAGUGGUAAAUGCUACAGUGGAAGCUUUAAAAGAUCUUUGGCAAGAAAAUUAG